AUGGCACUCCGUACCGUCUCCAUGAUGCACUGGCAUAAAACGUACUGGGACGAUCGGCUACGCCCGGAACAGAAGCUACUUCGCAUCAGGAAGAAGAAGUCACUUCAUCUGAAGAAGAAUCAUCGUCUAAAGAAUCCAGUUCCUCCGACGAAGAAGAAGGACCAGAAUAACCUCAACAAGACGACGAAAGGAAGCAACGACCUUCAGCAGAUUCGCGACAUAAUCACUUAG